AUGUCCAACCCAGAGGCCCAGGCCGCGCAGGCCGCGCACCAGGCCCUGAUCGAGCAGCUCGACAUCCACUCCAUCCACAAGACCUUCCGCAACCCGCACUGGCGGCCGAACCAGCGGCGCAACAAGAACGUAAAGACCAUCAUCGGCGACGCCUCCAAGCGCGAGGCCAACUCGACCUCGGUCGCGCCGACCCCCCUGCCCGACGAGAACGGCGGCGGCGCGAGCGGCGCGGCCACCCCGGCGGCGGACAAGGACGACGACGGCCUCUCGACGAGCGGCACCUCGACGCCCGCGGGGCCCUCGUCGGCGGCCGGCGCGGCCAGCGUGCAGCCCAACCUGGCGCAGGCCUCGCGCAGCCUGUCCAAGCUCGUGCUGGAGAAGAGCCUGCGGUCCUCGACCAACGGCGGCGGCGGCGGCGGCGGCGGCGCAGGAGGGGGGGCCGGCUCCUCCUCCGCGGCGUCGGUGUCGGCGGCGGCGAUGGGCGGCGCGCCCCCCGUGGCGACGUACACCAACAUCGAGAGCGCGCCGAGCCUGGCGCCGCAGAAGCGGUACUGCGACAUCACGGGCAUGCCGGCGCCCUACACGGACCCCAAGACGCGGCUGCGGUACUACAACAGCGAGGUCUUCACCGCCAUCCGGGGCUUCCAGCAGGGCGUCGCGGAGCAGUUCCUCGAGGCGCGGGGGGCGCACACGGUGCUCAAAUGA